AUGACCGAACAAAGUUCUCCCUCGGUAUCCUCCGAGCAUAUUGCCCCCCAAGAUGAAAAACGAGUGUGGUAUCGCUCGACCCUGUUCAAUGCAUGUAUCAUUGGUGGUGUGGGCUUUAUGGCCCCCGGCUUAUGGAAUGCCAUGAAUUCCUUGGGUGCAGGAGGCGCGCAGUCACCGUUCUUGAUUAACGCAGCGAAUGCGUUAGUAUUUGGUCUGAUGGGCUUUUUGUGUCUUUUCGGUGGCCCAAUUGCCAAUCGUAUUGGGUUGAAUUGGACUUUGAUGCUUGGUGCCGUGGGAUAUCCGAUAUAUUCGGCUGCUUUGUAUACGAAUAACCGCUAUGGCAAUGUGUGGUUUGUUCUCGUUGGAUCAGUAGCCUGUGGAAUUUCUGCCGGUCUAUUCUGGGCUUCUGAGGGCGCCGUUGCUUUGGGAUAUCCCGAGCCAACAAAAAGAGGCAAAUACAUGAAUAUCUGGCUGUGGUUCCGUACUGGAGGCCCGUUGCUGGGCGGUGCUAUUGUCCUUGGGUUGAAUCAUUCAGGAGAUGCCCACCGCAAGGGAAAGGUUGGAUACCAAACAUACCUUAUUUUUGUCGCGCUUCAAUGCCUCUCAGUUCCCCUGGCUGUGUUCUUAUCACCACCUGAGAAGGUACAGCGUACCGACGGAAGCAAGGUCAAGAUUGUUAUUCAAGGUUCAUGGCGUGCUGAAAUGGUCGAGCUCUGGAAGGUCUGCAAGAGGAAAGAGAUCAUUUUGCUGCUGCCUGCUUUCUGGGCUGCGUACUUCAACCAAUACGUCGGAAAUUUCCAAACCUACUACUUUGGCGUUCGAGCUCGCGCCCUAAUCGGAUUCGUUGGUAACUUCUCAAACUUGAUCUCUUCGGGAAUUAUUAGCAGAUUCUUGGACUACAGCGGGAUCUCAAUCAAGAACAGACUCAAGUACAGUUUCUUCUAUGUGGUUGUCGUCCACGUCAUCGCCUGGGUGUACUGCUGGGUCGUACAAGAAAAGUACACCAAGAACCCUCCUAUGCUGGACUGGGCCGACAAAGGAUUUGUCGAGGGCUUCUUCGUUGUCAUGUUGUGGAGUUUCUCUCAACAGGCCGCGCAGAACUUCCUCUACUAUCUUCUGUCUACCAUGACUGACAAUAUUUCUGAACUUUCUCGAUUCUCCGGUAUUCUCCGGGGACAAGAAAGUUUCUCUCAAGCUAUUUCUUUCGGCAUCAACACUCGGGAAUGGCAUGGUGGCAGAGUCCCACUUGCCGUCAACACGAUACUCCUUGGUCUCGCGGUCUGGCCUACUUGGCUCGUUGUUCGGGAUCACAACCCCAUUGAGCAUGAUAAGGAGGCUGCCCAGUUGUCUCAUUGCAAGGACGAGGAGCAGAAUACAGGCAGUCUGAUGGAGAAGGAAGCAUAUGUUGCGAGUGAGGCUAUUGCCACUAAGUAA